AUGUCCAACGAUACUUACAAUCUUGUCCAGUCCCGCUACGGUGACAUCGCUAAGCAGAGUGGCACCACCCAGCAGCACGAGAAAGAAGAGCAGAUCGCCAGGGCCUUUGGCUACAGUGCGGAAGAUCUCAGUUCGCUUCCAGAGAAGACGAAUCUCGGAUUAAGCUGCGGAAACCCAGUAGGGUUUGCCAAUAUGAAAGAGGGUGAGACGAUUCUGGACCUUGGCAGCGGCAGUGGAAUUGACGUCCUCCUGGCGGCCCGAAAAGUCGGGGCCAACGGACAGGCAAUCGGUGUUGACAUGACAAAGAGCAUGAUCGAACUCGCCGAGAAAAAUACGCAGAAGGCGGGAGUCUCCAACGCCAGAUUUAUUGAAACAACUAUCAAUUCCGUGCCAUUGCCAAGUUCCAGCGUCGACUGCAUCAUUAGUAACUGUGUCAUCAACCUCGUCCCAGCCACCGACAAACCGGCCGUCUUUAAAGAGAUUGCUCGCCUACUGAAGCCGGGCGGAAGGGUUGCCAUCAGUGAUAUUCUGGCUCGAAAGCCGCUUCCGGAUCACAUGACUAAGAAUAUGGCGCUGUAUGUUGGGUGUGUUGCCGGUGCGAGUGAGAUUGCGAGGUAUGAGGAGUAUCUUGAGCAGGCCGGAUUCGAGGGUGUGCUCGUUAUUGACACGAAGUCGGACCUGAAUCUUUACAAGCAGUCAUCGUAUUUGCCUCAGAGCUCGUGCUGUGGCAGUGGGGGUUCGAGUAAGGAGACUACGAGUGACAUUGCAGAGUUGGAUUUCAAUUUGUGGGUCGGCUCGUUUCAAAUCUACGCUAUCAAGGCUUAG